AUGGCCAUUAUAUUUUUUAUUUUCCCCGCAGUCGUUGGGCCCAUUUGGACGCCAUUCCAUGCAUCACACCGACUGACUCGUGCAAAACAACAGACCUACUACAUCAACAAUUCCAAUGUCGGCAACAAAGAGAGCUCGGAGGAUUGGCGAAUCCGUGGCUAUAAUCCACUCACACCGCCCGAUCUCCUACAACAUGAAAUCCCUCAGACCGCUGCCUCCAAGCAGACAGUGCUACAAGGACGUGAUGACUGCGUCGCCGUCGUCCAAGGCACCGACUCCAACCGACGGCUUUUGGUGAUCAUAGGCCCUUGCAGCAUCCACGACCCAGUGUCAGCACUGGACUACUGCGACCGACUGCUUAAGAUGAAGGAGAAGUACAAGGACGACCUGGUCAUCGUGAUGAGAUCCUACCUGGAGAAGCCCCGGACCACCGUCGGGUGGAAAGGGCUGAUCAACGACCCGGAGAUCGACGGCAGCUUCCUCAUCAACAAGGGUCUGCGGCUUAGUAGGCAGCUCUUCGUCGACCUCACCGCCAAGGGCAUGCCGCUUGCCAGCGAGAUGCUUGACACCAUUUCCCCCCAGUUCCUCGCCGACCUCCUCUCCAUUGGCGCCGUCGGCGCCCGGACCACCGAAAGCCAGUUGCAUCGGGAGUUGGCGUCCGGGCUGUCUUUCCCCGUCGGCUUCAAGAACGGCACUGACGGCACCCUGGGCGUUGCCAUCGAUGCCAUCGGCGCCGUCCGCCACCCGCACCAUUUCCUGUCUGUCACGAAACCUGGUGUCGUCGCUAUCGUGGGCACUGUUGGGAAUGAGGACUGUUUCGUCAUUCUUCGCGGCGGUACCACUGGGACCAACUACGACAGUGAGAGUAUCAAGCAGGCCAAAGAGAAGCUGACUGCCAAGGGCCUGGCCGCGAAAGUCAUGGUCGAUUGCUCCCACGGAAACAGCGAGAAGAAUCACAAAAACCAGCCCAAAGUCGCAAAGGUUAUCGCCGACCAGAUCGAGCAGGGCGAGGAAGGCAUCAUGGGCGUCAUGAUUGAAAGUCACAUCAGCGAAGGAAACCAAAAAGUUCCCAUAGAAGGCAAACCCGGCUUGAAGUACGGCGUCUCCAUAACCGACGCCUGCAUAGGCUGGGACGACACUGAGUCCGUCCUGGAGGUCCUCGCGUCGAGCGUGAGGAAGCGGAGAGAGAAACUCGGCCCUGUUGCUGCUGCGAAUGACACGACGACGUCGAACGGCCAUUCUUGA